AUUUUUUACAGAAAGCAGAUAACAGGCAUUUACAGAAAUUUCCAACUUGAAUGAUGACAGAGAAUUGCCAGCUUCAAGAAGUGAGAUUAAUUUCCAGUUUUAUCACUGAUGCCAAUGAUUUUUCUAAUCAAUCAAUUGAACUUGUUGCUGGAUCCAAUAAAAGUAUUUAUCGGAAAAAACCUGCAAUAAUACCCAGGAAACAUCUCAGAGAUCAAGUUAAAGAUGGAUCCAUAACUGUAGAACGCUUACAGACAUCAUCUGAAAAUCAAUGUACAACAAAUUCUGGCAGUGUUUAUCUCUUGAAUUUAGAAACACAAAAGCCAUUGAUUUUCAAGCCAAGUGACCAGAAUUCUUGCAGUGAUUCCAAAAGAAACACAAGCGAAAUAUCUAAUAAACUGCUGAUAUCCCACGAGGUAAAAAUCUGCCCAUAUGAGACAAGUAGUUAUUGUUUGUCUAAAUCAUCGAAGCCAUUGAAUCAUGAAAGAUGCAAAGAACAGCUCUUGCUUCUGUCACCGCCUUCACAACCACCUCCUCUGUAUGAUGGCUUAGAUUUUCAUGAAGAAAACCUUGAACAUGAUGCAAAUGCUUCUUUGUGCGACGGAAAUUAUAAAGGUGUUGUAUCACCGCUUAAACUGAGUAGCAACCCAAAGGAUUCUGUCAUUGACAAAGAUAUGAUAGGUGAUCUCAUCGAACUAUACAAUAAACCUGAUAGCGUUAAAGAUAAUAAUACAUGUUAUCAGGUUGGUGGCAAUGAUAAAAAGGAUGUAGUUGAGAAUAAUAAACAUAUUAGGUCCAAUGGCUACAAUAAAUUCGAUGCACCUCAAAAUAAUGCACAUGUGCAAUCCAAUGGCUUUAAUAAGCGUGAUGUACCAAAAAAUAAAAUGCAUGCUUUAUCUGAGGAGUAUGAUAAACGUAGAAUAUCACCCAGCAAUACACAUCUGCCAUAUAAUGGCUACUGUCAGUCUAGAUUAUCGCCUGAUGGCUCGUAUAGGUUAAAUGAAGGCAUUGAAAGAAACUUACCUUCAGAUACCAUUCAUGCUUUGUAUGAGGAUUACCAUGAAAAUAUCAUAUCUAAUGAUAAUUCAUAUGACGACUUCAUAAAAAAUCUAUCUCCUGGCAACCACAGUGAUGACUAUUAUGAAGUAUUACCCAAUACAAUCUACAUUGAUGACCACAAGAAGGUUUUAUCUUCUGAUUACACUCAAUCCUUGUCUGAAGACUAUUAUAAAAGCACAUGUACUGAGAAUGAGGAGUACUACAAAAGACAUGAUUUAAUAGAAGAUAUUGGAUCCAGAGAUUACACCAGAACUGUUUAUGACAGUUACAACAAUUAUUCCUCAAAUGUUGUAUCACCAGAUAACUCAUACUCUCUGAAUGACAACUGUCCAGGCCAUGCUGUAUCUUCAAACAAAAACCAAAGGUAUUCUGUCGAUGAAUACAAAACUAUCAUAUCUUCAGACGAUGGACGUUCUUUCUGCUCAGAUACCAGGCCAUUUGUUAAAAAGCGGUCGUACUCCAACAGUAACCAGAAUUACAUAUCACCAGAUACUGUACAGAAUCGGUACACAGAUUCUCAGAGAAAUAUGGCUUCCUCAGUUGGUAGUCCAACUUCAAAUGUAGAACUACAAGAAAAUGUAACAUCUCUAAUAGACAGUCAAGAUUUCCCUGUUGAUUACACUGAAGAUAGCGGGUUACAAAAUGAAAGAAUUUUCACAAGGUCUCCCAAACCAUUCCCAUUGGAUAUUUCCAGUAAAUAUAGUCCAAUAGAAAAAGAUGAAAAAGUUUCAAGUUCAUUUAUUGAUCACUCUGAAAGGACCAAUGUGGUGUUCAAUCCUUUAAAUGGAAGAGAAUCAAAGCAUUCUCUACCAAUUCAAAUAAAAACCACGCAAGAAUGUUCAGAGAAUUUUCCUAAUGUUUAUAGAAUUGACAGUGAUAACCAGAGGAAUAACAAUGACAACACAAAAAUGAGAUAUGUAAAACCUCCAAAAUUUUUGAGCCGUGGAAAAUCUCACAUGAAUGGUGAAGAGACAGUGGUAGUUAAUGAGGAUUAUCAGAAUAUGAUUAGUCCUGUAUUUGCAGGACAAUUUAAUUUUGAUGACGGGGAAAUACAACAAUCUGUCAAUAGUGUUAAUGAAAUCUUCACACUUCCUUAUAAGAUUUCAGAAAACUAUCUCCAAGACGAUAGCCUAGAUGGACACAUGAAUCCUUUACUGGCAUCCUCACCAUUAUCACCAAGAUUCCCGAGGCAUGAGAUGUCUGACAGAUUUAACAGAGUGAAAAGCAAUGUUCAAAAGGAAAAUAAUCCUUUAAAACAGGAAGGAACGGUUGUAGAUGAUGUCUUCUAUUUGGAUUCUCCUGAUAAUAGAACAAGCUCUAGAGCUUUACCAUCUAGAAGUAGUUUUUGUACAUUUUCAGAGAAUCCUUCUCAUGACUACGAUAAAAGGAAAUCAAAGCAGGAACAUCAACAGACCAAAAGAGCCACCAGUUGGAGUUCAAAUGGUGAUUUACAUGAUGUUUCUGACAACUUGUUUCAAAAUAACAGAACAAAACCUAAUUAUUUCUACUUCAGUCAGCAACAAUCUCCACUUCAUUACGAAGAUAUCGAGGAAAGUUUUCCCUUUUCAGCUGGUUCACCAAAGGUUAAUUCUGACUACUACUACACCUUGGACCCUCUUGCUGCGAGUACUUCAGAAGGAAUGUUGAAAUACAGUGAAAAAUAUAAAGAAAAUACUAAUAAGCAAUACAGUCGAAGGCACUCAAGUUUAGUAACUGAUGAAUCUGGAUUUGUAGAUGGUAGUAAUUUCUCUGCUGCUUCUGGUUCUGCUGACUAUCACCAAAACAUUGAAAAAAUCUCAAUGCUUUCGUUUUCUAACUCUGAAGAAUAUGAAUUUAAUAAUGUAGAAGUCUUUCCAGCUUAUGUUGAUAAUUAUGAAAACUAUGUGAAUAGUCCUGGUAUUAAUGUUUCAGUUGAUCCUAGGAAAAAGACAAAAAGGGUUUCUUUCAGUUGUAGCAAAGAGACAGGGUUUGAAAACUAUGCCAACAUUGAUGAUUUCAAUGAUAUUUCUAGAACAUCUAAUGAUGAUAGUUUCACAAGAGAAAAAGCAUUUUCAUAUCUCUCUGUGAGAUCUCCAAGAUCUUUUACAGGAAAUACAAACUGUGAGAGAAUUCCAAGAAAGAAAGAAAAUAAUUCCAAAGCUGACCUGUAUAUGAAUUCAGAAGAAGCAGCCAAUUACAUAAAUUCUUUAAGUAUUAAUUCCAGCAGAGCUUCUGAUGAAAGCGAGUGUAAUUUGUCAGCCAAAGAAAAUGCCAUGGAAAUAUCUGCAGUAGACAGAGGUUUCCGAAAACUCUCAGAAGCUUUAGAAAAUACUUUGAGAAAGCCUCCAUCUAAAAUAACUUUUGCAUCAGACCGCAUGAAAAAAAAAUUUUUCACGGAGAAAAUCCAAUGUGUUAAAUAA